GCUAUUGCGCGAACGAUUGGCAACGAAUUGCGAGCCGCAGCCGAGCCUGUACGAGCGGCGGAGAAAGAUCGCAUAUCGCUGGUGAGUUCCAUCGGAACUCCGGAACAGUCGGAACGACGGACGAAGUAGGAAGGUGGAAGGAGGCGAAGAGGCGCAGAGACGAAGGCGCGGCGCGACGAGGCGAGACGAGGCGAGAACAGCCGAAAUGGAGGAGAGCCAAACAUCGGAAAGUGUCGCCGUGCUACCGGACAUGUCCGAACCAUUGACGAGCGAGACCGAGGAGGCGACCACGCUGACGAGUGAACACGAGGCACAUCCCGUCGCGGUCACGGCGAGUGUUACUUCGGUGCCAGGCGUACCGGGCGUUUCUGGAGUUGGCGUGCCGGUUUCUCUACCCGUAGGCUCCAUCAUUGGCGUAGCGAACUCGGCCCAUGGCGCGACCUUCAACGUCAUCACCUCGGAUCAGCUACAGCUGCAAGGUUCGGGACAGUUCAAACCGAUGCUAUGCGUCGAUAAUGGAUUUAUCUGUGACUCUCGUACUGAUAAAGACUCGGAUCCACUGCGUUGGAAUGGUGAGCUGAAGACAACCCACAUAGUAAUUCAAAAUAGUACGGAUGAAACGGAAUCGGAACAAAUACAUGUUUCCACGCCUAAUUCUCAGCCAAUAUACAGUUGGUCUGAAUCCGCAAAUUUAGCGGUUUUACCUGUCAGAUGUAAGAAUACAAAUGCAGAAUUGCAUAAGAAUAGAUUCGGGUCUGGUGGCAGGGGUCGUUGUAUCAAGGCCGGCUCGGAAUGGUAUACGCCUAGCGAAUUCGAGGCUCUCUGUGGAAGAGCGUCUAGCAAAGAUUGGAAACGAAGUAUUCGAUUUGGCGGAAGAAGUUUGCAGACCCUCAUCGACGAACAAAUCUUAAAACCGCAUGCCACUUCUUGUACUUGCGCAGCGUGUUGCGAUGACGACAGUGCAACGGGACCAGUACGACUGUUUACUCCAUACAAGCGCCGAAGGAGAGCCAGGGAUCCGUCUGAUGGAGACGCUCCAUCGCGUAAACACAAAAUUGAAAAUUCGCGAGAUGGCAGCAAUAACGAAGAAAGUGGCGACGAGAUCGUCGUGCCUGACAAAGAAGUCUGGCCGCAGUUUGUUUCCACAGAUGGAUUGGUCGUACAACAAUCCCAGGAACAAGACUCUGUCGUGCAGAAUGCACAUCAAAUGGAGAAUGGUCAAAGCGAUGACAUGUUUAAGAAAUUGGACGAAUUAUCAAACAAAAUGAUAAAAUUAGCUUACGAAUUUAGACGUACUUUGGAAGAAGCAAAAGAGCUAAACAGGCAACAGAGAAGAGAGCAGGCGCUAGUUGCUCAACUCGGAGGACGAACGGACGUUAUCGAAACUGUUGGACUACAACCAGCGUCCGACACACAUAAUAAAAAGUGUGCCAAUUGCAAUCGAGAAGCAUUCGCUGAAUGUUCCCUAUGCAGACGUACACCUUACUGUACUACAUUUUGUCAGCGUAAGGAUUGGGCAAGUCAUCAAAUGGAAUGUGUGAGAGGUGCAGCCGAAACAGUGAUGCUCAUAGUAGAGAGUAGCAGCGGCGAUACGAGCGCUCUUCCAACGGCCACUACGGACCAAUAGCUAGUGUUCCUUACACCGAUUCACCAAAGGAAUAUAGAAAAUGAAGAAUCUGAUGUGGAAUCGUUUCAGCUCAAAGAAGGAAAGACUUGAAGCGUGCAAGUUACAUAAAAACAGAAAGAAUGUACAUAAAUGGAUGGUAGAAAAUAUUAUAUGUAUAUUUAUAUUGCAUAAAUAUUAUAUAUAUAUAUAUACAUAUACAGUGUGUGUGUAUAAAAUAUUGGAUGCUUUCCAGCAACAACACAUUGUGGCACAGUGUAUCAUUCUAUCUUUCAUGUUCACUGAUAUUAAAAGAAGAUAGAAUGAUACUGUGUGUCGAACUGUGUAAUGCUGGAAAACACCGAUUGUUAGCUUUUUAACGCUUAAUAACAUAUUCUUCAAGUUAAUAUCCAUUUUUCUAUAAGAAUAUAAGAGUCAUCAUUUUUGUAAUUUAUAUAUCUUCAUUAUGUUUGUUUUUUAUUGCUGCACUGGUGAACUAGUGUACACUGGUGCAAUAAGUUAAAAUGAGACAAAAAUAUUGUUUUAUUUUAACUUACUGCACUAAUUGAUCAGUACAGCAAUAAAAAACGAACCCUAUGUAUCCUUAUAACUAAACCUCAAAUUCAAAGUCUGCAAAAAGGAAGAAAAUGGAAAAUUAGUUAAAAAGAAAAUAUGAUUUUAUUUAUUUGAUCUCUGAA